AUGAAAGAAGGAUGUGGGAAAAAGUGUGUAGCUAUAACAAUUGGAAUUGUGGUCUUAAUUGUGUUGGCAAUAGUGAUCUUAGCAUUCACAGUGUUCAAACCAAAACAAGUCAUUAGCAAAGUGGAUUCGAUCGAGGUUCACGACAUGAACAUCAAUUUCAAUGUAUUAACCAUGAGUGUAAAUAUGAAUGUGACAUUGGAUGUUAGUGUAUCGGUGAAAAAUCCAAAUGUGUAUGCAUUAAAAUACUACAACGGAAUGGCGCAACUAAAUUAUAGAGGACAACAAAUCGGGGAAGCACCUAUCCUUUGCGGAGAGAUAUCAGCUAGACAAACUACGAGAGUGAAUGUGACACUCACUCUUAUGGCAGACCGUGUGUUAUCUAGUACGCAGAUUUUUUCAGACGCUAGUGCAAAUAUUCUGCCACUCAACACAUUCGUGAGAAUUUCAGGCGAAGUGAAUAUAUUAGGGCUUUUCAAAUUUCAUGGAAACUCGACCUCGUCUUGUAAUUUCAAUGUACUGAUUUCCGACAAAAAAAUUAAGAACAAUGUAUGUGAAUAUAAGACAGAGACAGAGAUUUGA